GGAAGUUUCACGGUCCAGCAGUCCCACCCCAAUUCCAAACCGAAGCGGCCGCGCCGGCGUCGCACCGCUCACGACGCCGGACCCCUACUCCCCAUGUCCCUUCCUCACCACCUCGCCGCCGGCGAACUCCUCACCGCCCUCCGCGGCGCCUCUUGCGCCUCCUCGGCCCUCCGAUUGUACCACCUCCUCCGCAUCCGCCUCCCCCCCUCAGAUCCCUGCUCCUUCGCCGGGCGCGCCGCCGUCUUCGCCCUCAAGCCCCUCUCCGCCGCCGGCUCCCUCCCUCUCCUCUCCCACUUCCACGCGCACCUCAUCAGGUCCAACCUCCUCGCGUACCCCCAGGUCGCCUCAUCCCUCCUGCGUUCAUAUUCACUCCUCUCCCCCGCGGCCGCCCACCACCUGUUCGAUCAAAUACCCCCUGCCACCUGCAACCUGUUUGUUGUCAACGUCAUGCUUUCGUCCCUGUGCCGUUCCUCUGACCUCGCCUCCGCACGCCUAUUCUUUGACGACAUCCCCGACAAGGACAUCGUUUCUUGGUCGACUAUGCUCGCUUGCUAUUUCUCCAAUAGGAGCGUAGCUGAUGGCCUUGCCUUCUUCCGCACAAUGACAUUCACCACCACACUUGCUCCAGAUUAUGUAAUGCUCGUUACCGUCCUCACAGGAUGUGCGUCGGCUGGCUUGCUGCAGCCGUUAUGCAGAUCCAUUCACGGGUAUAUUGUGCGGCGCCAGGCAGUCAGUAUGCACCUCGGGACAUCGCUUAUUGAUUGCUAUGCAAAGGUUGGCCGCCUCGAUUAUGCUUCCCGUGUCUUUGCGCGGGUGCCCUCCAGGAAAGUGAUGCACUGGACUGCAAUGAUUUGUGGGAUGGCUAUGCAUUUGCAUUAUGACGAGGCUAUCCAGCUGUUUGAGGAGAUGCGCCGGCAAGGAGCGCGACCAAAUGAGAUGACAUUCACUGCCGUGCUCAGUGUAUGCGGGCAUGCUGGACUGGUGGAGCAAGGGAGAGAGUUCUUUAAACUUAUGGUUGAGGAAUAUGAUCUUGAGCCAACUGUACAUCACUACGGGUGCAUGGUUGAUAUCUUUGCAAAGGCAGGUCAGUUGGAAGAUGCUUAUGAGGUUAUCAAGACCAUGAGAGUGGAGCCAAAUGUCAUCAUCUGGACUUCGUUGCUAGCGGCUUGCAAGAGGUUUAAGAAUUUUGACAUUGCAAUGGAGGGACUAGAGAAAGUAUUGGCAAUGGAGAUAUCUGAUGAAAAUGGUGGAUUAUAUACUCUUAUAUCUGACCUGUAUGCCAUGGGUGGGCGGUGGGAUGAUGCGUUGAAGGUUAGGAGAUUGAUGGAGGAACAUAAUGUGCGGAAAAACAGAGGGUCGAGCUCCAUUAAGGCGCGCGAAGCACCUGGCUUGAUUGUUCCUGCAGUCAGUUGAUCUUUUGCACAGUUCAACAUCUGCAAAGUUUUGGGCUGAAUUGUUGGAUGAUACUCUUUUUGUUAGACUUGCCACAGAUGUAUUCAGCGGAUAGCUCCACACGUUGCUUGAUGAAAUCCAGCUGAGGCCUUGUGGGAAUCAGCGGGAUGAAUACAAAUUUCCGGUCUAUUCUCCUGCAAUUAUGGGUUGAGAUAUUAGAAGAAUGAUUUGGUCUCAACACAGGCGAUUCACGCGCAUAUGAUUGUGUGAUCAUGUGUUAUGAGCAAACCAAACUCAUCACUGGAUAUCCUCGUGGUCAUGUACUGAUUUCCAUCUUCUUCAUUGUGCCCAUAGGACUGGAGAUAAGGGAUACAGAUUUCUUUGAUUUGUUGCCAUUUCGGCCUUUCAGAGAGGACCGAAUGCAGACUAACAAUGGGGUGUCAGGUCAGUGGCGGAAAAUGCCAUUUGAUUCUAUACUAGUAUUUGUCAGGCUGUUGCUAACAAACAAUGUGCAGCCCUGAGCGUUUCAAAUAAAUUCUUCAACAUCGGGUCCUGGCAACGUUGUUGAUCAUCUGUUAUUUUGCUGAACGGUAUGGCAGAUGAAAUCUUUGUAGUGCCUACAUACACAGGUAAUCCUGGUGCGCUCUGUUAAAGCUCUUUCAAAACCUGUUGUAUUCGAGCAAGAAACUGUGCUCUGAUGUAAAAGGAGCUUCGAUGUAAAAACAUGUUGCUGGGAUCAUGGAACUGAGUUCUUCUGUAAAAAAAGAAGAGAAUAUUUUGCCAUGCCUGUACUUUAUGAUUGCCAUUGCCA